GGGGGUGUCAGGAGAGUAUGAAAGGGCUUGAAGUUGGCCUGGGGCUUGGGUUGUGGGGCACAAAAGGAUUUUGAGCGGGGUGUGAGGUUUGAGUGGGGGAUGGCUGGCUGUGGACACGGGGGGCUGUUUGUGCCCCCCCUCUGUGCAGUGGAGCCAUCAUGGUGGCUGGAGCUCGGGCUGUGACAUCACAGUGGUGCUGGGGUUGGGGGAGCUACAUCCUGCAUUCUAACAUCAGUGGCACUGGGGUUCAGAGGCCAUGUCCUGUGCUGGGCUCCGACUAAAGUCCCCAGCAGGACGGGGGAAUAGGCCAACCUGCUUGGCACAGAGGAGGAAGAGCCACCCACAGCUCUCCUCAGGCUACCAUGGGACAGCGUGACCCAGAGAGCAGCACUGCAGGCACACAGCCCCCCAGACAGGGGCAGCACUUGAGCAGGGUACACUUCAGCCACUCCAUGGCCCAGGAGGCUGGGGACAAGGCUACCGUGGGGUAUCCUGGCUCUGUGCGGUGCAGCUGGGACACCGGCACGAGGCUCAGCAGGUCGGACACUACCCUUUCAAGGGCCCGAAGGUCAGGUCAGAGGCAGGCAGGGCAUUCAGCAGCCACCACCACCCGCCACCAGCUUGGCUGCCAGCGCUUGCUUAGCCUUCAGCAGCUCAAGAAGGCCAAGCUGCAUGUGGAGAUGGCCAUUAAGGAGAAGAAGAUCUUCAUGGUUCAGGGCCCCUACCCCAUCAUCCGCCGCCUGCUGCGAGCCCGGGGCUGGGUGGAGAGGAAGGUGCCCUGCACGGGCAGACAGCUGGAGCAGCAGAGCGGUGACCGAGGCAAGCAGCGGCUGCGGACAGGGCCAAGUAAUGGUGGUGGCAGGCAGAGGGAGGUACUGCUGACCCCCCGUGGUGGGGCACAGCCUCUUCUGGGGACCACAGACCCCCUGCACCACACGUGGCUACCUGCUGAGGAGGAAGAGCAGUGUGAUGAGGACCCCAGCGGCAUCCAUGACCUCAUGUCCUACCUGGCGCGGGACCAGCUGCCAAACUUCAUCUGGACCAACUUCCUUGAGGCCGUUGACCAUCAGCUGCUGCAGGAGGACAGCGUGCUGAACCACUAUGCCCGGGUGGACGCGUUCACCACCAAGGAGGGGCUGUGCAUCAGCCUACAAAACCUGCCGUGGAUCGAGCAAGCUGACCCCAACACCUUCUUCCCCCGGUGCUACCGGCUGGGGACCAGAGAUGAUCGAGAAGCUUUCAUUGAGGAUUUCUGCUUGACAGCAGCACGCAGCCUGCUCAAACUGGCCCUGGAGGAGGCUGGGGACAGGCCAGCGAGGACUGAGCAGGUCCCAAACUCUGCCAAGGGGGAAGCACGGCCAGGCUCCCCCCUGUAUCCUGAGCUGGUGGAGGAAGCCCUGGAGGUCUGUAAGCAGCACCUGGGGGUUCUGCAGCACGAGGACAUCGACAGGAACACCCCGUCCCCCUGCAGGACGUGCAUCGACUGGGACCACUUCCUGCUGCAAUACUACCGUGUGGCACAUGAGGGGGCAGGGCUGGUGCUGACCAGGGAGCAGCGGAAGCAGUGCCAGAACCUGCUGCAGAGCCUGGCAGAGAAGCUGCCCCAGCUUGACAUGGAGGGCAAGCUCAACGUCUGGAUCCUUAAGCCUGGUGCUGAAUCCCAAGGCAGGGGCAUCAUCUGCAUGACACGGCUGGAGGAGAUGCUGCAGCUGGCAUGGAGCUGCACAGCACCCUCGGUGCAGGUGGGCAGAUGGGUGGUGCAGAAGUACGUGGAACGGCUGCUGACCAUUUUCGGCACCAAAUUCGACAUCCGGCAGUGGUUUGUUGUGACUGACUGGAAGCCACUGACCGUCUGGUUCUACCAAGACUGCUACCUGCGCUUCUGCUCCCGGCCCUUCUCCCUGCAUCACCUGGAGCGUGCCAGGCACCUCUGCAACGUCUCCGUCCAGAAGUGGUACAAGACGUCACCAGACCAGGAUUCCCGUGUGCCCCCCGACAAGAUCUGGUCAAACGAGCAGUUCCAGGAAUACCUGGCACAGCUGGGGCAGGCAGAUGCUUGGCACAAGGUGCUGGUGCCCGGCAUGAAGGCGGCGAUCCUGAACGCUCUGCGCAGUGCCCGGGACCGGGUGCGCUUCCGCAAGGGCAACUUUGAGCUCUAUGGGGCCGACUUUGUUGUCGGGGAGGACUACCAGCCCUGGCUGCUGGAGAUCAACUCCUGCCCCACCAUGAGCCCCUCCUCGGCAGUGACCCGACGGCUCUGUGCCAACGUGCAGCGGGACACGCUGUGCCUUGUGCUCGACCGCAAGGACAACCCCACCUGCUCCAUCGGAGCGUUUGAGCUCCUCUACAAGGAGGUAGGCUGGGGGGAUGGGGGGGCCACAGGCCGCCCAGACGCCCUGAGCCCCCCACUACCUGCUGUCUCCCUGCAGGCAGCUGUGCCCAAGCCUCUGUCGGUACGUGUGAAGCUGAUGGUCAAAGGCUGUUCCCUGAAGAGCCUCCAGUCGGAACAAGAGCAAGCCCAGGACAAGCCCCCCACCGCUGCGGACAAUACUCUCCAAGACCCUGUGUCCCCAGGGGCCAGAGCCACCCGAGUACGCAAGCGAGCGCAGCGUCAGUCCUCCACCAGUGCGCCCGGUGCCCCCAAGCUCUCUGUGUCCCCAGGGGCCAGAGCCACCCGAGUACGCAAGCGAGCGCAGCGUCAGCUCUCCACCAGUGCGCCCGGUGCCCCCAGGCUCUCCCUGUUCCCAGGGGGCAGAACCACCCAGAGAGCACGGCAUCGAUCUCCUGCCACGCUGCCCAGUGCCUCCAAGUGCUCCGUGUCCCCAAGGGCCAGAACCACCCAGGCGCCCCAGAGAGCACGGCAUCGAUCUCCUACCACGCUGCCCAGUGCCUCCAAGAGCUCCGUGUCCCCAGGGGGCAGAACCACCCAGGGGACCCAGCCCAGAGCAGCAAGAAAGAAGCUGCCUCCUCUGGAGCAACAGAGCCACUGCCCUUCCACCAGCUCUGACCCCCCAGCACCACCAAAGCCUCAGGCCUCCUCUGCUGGGAGCCAGGGGCUGCCACGGCUCGGUCACCUGCCUGGGCAGCCCCAGAUGAACGGCUGUCCCCUGGAUUGGGUGCCGAUGCCACCACCCCGGGGAAUCCCCAGAAACCCCUGGCUAGCCCAGGGUUCUGCACGCUCCUUCCCUCCUGCCAAGCCCCUGCAACAGCCUCUGUCUGCACAGAGCACCAGGACCCCAGGCCUGGAGCAGAAGGACACAGCAGCUCCCAGAGGGAUGCAGAAGACUUGGGACACUGAGACAGCCCCAGGAGUGGACAGCACCUUGCCUGUCCUUGCUGAGCCAACACUGGCUGCCCCUGAUCCCAAGGAGCUCCCACUGCUGUGUUGUGGUACCCAGCUCCUCCCGCGCUUUAAAAUGAUUCUGUGAUAAGGA